AUGAAGAAAGUCAGCACAAUUGUACCCAAGGUGACUCCUAAUAAAUAUUUCACAAAAAAUGCAGCUAAGGAUGUUUGGUCUCUUACUAACGAAUCAGCUGCUAUAGCUGCUAAGAACUCAAGAAAUGUAGGUCGUGAGAUGAUUAAUUUGGGCCAAGGAUUUUUUUCUUACGCUCCUCCUCAGUUCGCAAUUAAAGAAGCUCAAAGGGCAUUAGAAAUUCCUUUAGUAAACCAAUACUCUCCAACAAGAGGUCGUUUAUCUUUGAUCGAUUCGUUAGUCAAAUUUUAUACACCAUUUUAUAAUACAAAACUGGAGGCUGCAAAUUUCUCUGUUUUCACUGGUGCUAAUGAAGCAAUUUUUUCUAUCUUGAUAGGUCUCUUGAAUCCAGGUGACGAGGUCAUUGUAUUUGAGCCUUUUUUCGAUCAGUAUAUCCCAAAUAUUGAAUUGAGUGGAGGGAAAGUUGUUUAUGUACCAAUUACACCACCAAAGAAUCUGGACACAAGAGUUACCAAAGGUGAAGAAUGGCAGAUUGACUGGGACUCGCUACAGGCUGCUAUGAAUUCAAAAACCAAGGCCAUCAUUAUAAACACUCCUCAUAAUCCAAUUGGUAAAGUAUUCACCGAACCUGAACUGAGAAGGCUGGGUGAUAUCUGCGUCAAAAAUAAUGUUGUCAUUAUUUCGGAUGAAGUUUAUGAACACCUAUAUUUCAAAGACUCAUUUACAAGAAUUGCCACUUUAUCACCGGAGAUUGGCCAAUUGACCUUGACAGUUGGUUCUGCGGGUAAGUCAUUUGCUGCCACUGGAUGGAGGAUUGGAUGGGCUCUCUCUUUGAACCAAGAAUUAUUGAGUUACGCUGCUAAAGCGCAUACGAGAAUUUGCUUUGCCUCUCCGUCACCUUUACAAGAAGCUGUAGCAAAUGCUUUCAAUGAUGCUGAAAAAGUUGAAUAUUUUAAGGAAACUAGAUUACAGUAUAUUAGAAAAUAUGAAAUCUUCACCAAUGUAUUGAAUGAGCUAGGCUUACCAUACACGGAGCCAGAGGGUACUUAUUUUAUUUUAGUUAAUUUUUCCAAGGUCAAAAUACCUCCCGAUUAUAAGUAUCCUGAGGAGCUGUUAAAUAAGGCCAAGGAUUUCCGUAUAUCUUAUUGGUUGAUGAAUGAACUGGGUGUUGUAGCUAUACCACCAACCGAAUUUUAUAUCAAAGAGCAUGAACAUGCCGCUGAAAAUCUUUUAAGGUUUGCAGUCUGUAAAGACGAUGAGUAUCUGGAGAAGGCUGCAGAAAGACUCAUGUUAUUAAAAGAAUAUUUGUAA